GUGACUCCGCGACGCCGCAAACAAAAUGGCUCUGAUUUUUGCAGACUAGUAAAAGUUGUAAUUUUUGCUAUAUUUCCGAUGCCCCAGGGGCCAAAAGUGGACGCAAACAGACAAAGUGACGAGUGCGCGAAUGCAGCAACGGUAAAGAUGGAAGCUGGUGUCCGGAAUACCCGUAAAGAGCCACCGACAGUUAAAAACCAGGCAGUUGUCUUUUUGGCCAAUUGUGGCAUAGGAUACGAAAACUAGUUCUCACGCACACGCACUCACACACCGAAGAGCCCGUUGAAGACGCAAGCUGUCGCACAAAAACCUCUUCGCUGGCCAAAAAUGGAGGGCAUGGAUCUGUGGACGUCGAUGUUCUCCUCGGAUUUCGAGGAGGGUGAGCCGGAGGCGGAACUGGAGGACAGCGAGCAAUACAAUGGCAAUGAUGACUUCAUAGGCGAUUCGGAGAUCCUAGCAGGCGAUGCCAUUGAUGACCUGCUGGAUGGCGAAGAUGACGAAAGGGAGGAGGAGGAGGAGGAGGACUAUGGGAAUGCUGCCUCCAGGGGACCAAAGCAACCCGAUCCCGACGACGAUGCCCUCUUUGACUUCGAAAUGGAACCCAUUGUGAGCAUGGCAGAGCCACAGCAUCCGGUUCUGGCUCCUGCUGGUCCAAUGGGCCAGCAAUUGCGUCCCCCAAUGCAGCGCCACUCGUUUCCCGGCACUGUGGGUCGUCCCAGAAUUGGUCCUGGACCCUCCGUACGCCCCACCACCUCUCAGAUCAAUGCCACGGAUGAGAACGGUGUGCUCAUCAACUACGAACUGGGCGUGGUCUACAUAUGCCCCGCCUGCGGAGGAGAGUUCCGGCAACAGGACCACUGGAAGCGGCAUAUGAACCACAUCCACAAGUACAACACCCUGCGCGGGCUGAAUUUCACGCCGCUGGACAAGCUCUAUCAGCGCUGCAGGGAGUGCAACAAGCGGAUCGCCAUGCACAGCCGGGAAAACUUGCUGAAGCACAAGUUCACGCACCUGCCAUUCAGGUGCACUAAGUGCUACAUCUGCAAGCGGGAGUACAAAUACAGGCAAGACCUAAUGGUGCACCUGCGCAUGGUCCACUGCGACGAAGUAGUGGCCAUGAUGCGGGAGGGUUACAAUGCUGCGGGACGCAAGACACGGGUUCGUGAAUCGCGCACCGCAUUGCAGCGGGAGAAGAGUUUCCGAGAGAAUAAUGACUUCGAGGAGGACCUAGAUCGCAUCGAGGUGCGAAAUGAGCUGCUCGAGCCGGAUGGCGAUGAGGUCGGUCCCCUGGAACGGCCUUUACCGGAGGAGGUUUCCAAGAAAUCGACUGGCAGUCGAGGAGCGGCCGAACUGUGCGAGGACUACAUACACUACAUGUGUCCCGACUGCGGCACAGAGUGCGACACCCACGCCCAGUGGAGCCAGCACAUCGAGUUCGUCCACGACUAUGUCAGUCGGCGGGGACUUAAUUUUCGGAGCGUGGACAUGCAGAUGCAGUGUCUGGAGUGCAAAAAGAUUGUGACUCCCAACACCAUUAAAUCGCUGCGCGCCCACAAAUUUAGCCUGUCGCAACCUGAGUGGUUGCGCUGUAAACUGUGCUACAAGGGCUACACGGAUCAUCAGGAAGUGAUCAGACAUCUACUGCAGCACCACCAUAUGAACACGCUGAUGCCCGAGGAGGCCGAGGAAGAAGCCGAUGCUCCAGUGGCCAUAACGGAAGAUGAAUGCGUCGAGGAUACUGGAAACGGCGAGGGAAAUGGUGCCCCCUUAGACGAAGACUCACCCUACUUUGAGGACUCACCCAGACGCGGCGGUCGCAUCAGCAGCGACGACAUUUUCGAGCCUCACAUCGACUAUCUCUGUCCGCAGUGCGGCAAAGAGUUCAUCGAGAAGAAGCACUGGCGCGCCCACGUGGUCAUGGCCCACAACAUGAACGAUCUGACCAAGCUGAAUUUCGAGAUGAUCAACGAACGGCAGCUGAAGUGCACUGAGUGUGACAAGAUCAUCACCAAUGCUUAUGGAAUCCAGAAUGCACAGCAGCACAGGAUCACGCAUCUUCCAUUCAAGGCGUACGCCAGGUGUCGCAAGUGCCACAAGUCCUACACGGACAGGAAGGGUCUCGUAAAGCAUUUGGCUACCUAUCAUCGCGUUGGCUGGCCCCAAAAGCCGGGAGGACCUGGGCCACCAGCUCCGAUUCUCACGCCCGCCAAGCAGCCGCGCAAGCAGAUCGUAACGGUAGCGAAUGAAACGUACGAGAUCAUCUACCUGGACGACGUUGAGCAAGGCAGCAUGGAGGAGGAGAACGACUUUGGCGAACAGAUGCAGGCGGAUGAGGAGGAUUUCCCAAUUGCGCCGCCUCCACCACCACCGCCAACGUCGCAAAGUAAUAAUCAUCGCUAUAAGUGCGUUCACUGCUCCGCACUCUUCCCCACAACGGCGGCUGUCCGGGCUCACCUCAUCGAAACCCGUUGCAGGAAAACGGUUCUCAAAAGGCGUCGACAGUCAAUGAUGAACUCUCGAGUAAUGGACCCAUCCGUUCCCACCGUGGAACAAAACUACAUCUUCCUGUGCCCCUCCUGCGGCAUGGAGUACAAGACCCAGUACGAGUGGCGCCGUCACAUAAACGAAGUGCACAACUUUGACAAGCGCCAAUACUUAAACAUGCGGCAGUUGGAUAAAUUCCGCUACCAGUGCACCCAGUGCAAGGAUAUUGUGGCCAAUUCGAAGCUGAAGGGCUUGCAGGACCAUCACUUCCGCCAUCUUCCGUACCGAUUGUAUCUCAAGUGCCUGAUCUGCGGCACCUGUUACAAUCACAAGCCGAACAUAGCUGCGCAUUUGAGGGCCCGUCACGCCAUCUACGACAGGGAGACUCCGGCGAUGAUCACCAAACCGAAGCACGUAUACGGCCGCUACAAGGAUAACAGUAGGGAGAAGCCCAGUGCCACUCCACCUCCGGCAGCUCCCUCUCCACCGGGAUGCUCCUCCUCUGCUGCUUCCUCGGCGAUCAGUCGUUCCCUGAAACCACAGCCUGGUGGCUUACCAACCCGACCCGCUGGUCUCAACACGCUGGAGGACAGCAUCUCGUACCACAAUGCCGUGGACUUGGACUUCAUCACGUACUUCUGCCCCAAGUGUAAUCAGAACUUUGUCCAUGCCUUCUGGCGCAAACACAUCGUGGAGCAGCACAACUUUAACAGCCGCGAGGGACUUAACUUCCGGCAAAUCGAUAACCAUCACUACCUGUGCCUGGAGUGCUACAAGCGGGUGACCGUGACCCACACCAAGGGCGCCAUCGGGCAGCUGCAGUCGCACAAGUUCCGCCAUUUGCCGCAUCGAUCGUUCAAGUGCUUGACUUGCGACGGUGAGUUUGUUCGCAAGCAAAUGUUCUUCAAGCAUCUUAAUCGUGACACCAAUCGAUGUGAUAAUCGUCCGCACCGAGAAUUGGAUGACGAUGAAGCGGAGCAGGACAAGCUGCGGUCCAUCUAUCACCUGGCGUGUCCGCAGUGCGGGGACAACUUCACAACCAGCAACAAGAAGGAGUGGCGUGAGCACAUCAACGAUUACCACGGUCUUGCCAAGCUGGACCUUUUGCACAUGAACAAAGUUGGCGAGAACCUUUAUCGAUGCCAGGACUGUGACGAGGAGCUGCAGACAAAUCGACAGUGGGUGCUACAGUUCCAUCGAUUCCAGCACCUUCCCCACCCGGCCUACAUCCGUUGCAAACUGUGUAAGCAGAGCGGGGAGGCGGGCGCGGCAGCGGCUGGAGAGUUGCACAGUCUUCGAGAGCUGCAGCAGCACCUUCGUAAGCACCAUACUGUGGUGGGCGAAAAUGAGAUGAUAUUACUCCGUGAGCAAAUCGCCAUUGAGGAGAAAGAACAGGAGGAGGCCACGGAACUGAGAAACGGGAAAAACCAGGCUACUCAAGAUUCAGGGCCGUAUAUGCCGUUGCCGCCGCAUUUAUUGGACGAUGGAGACGACGUGGAAUUCGAGGACCAGUAUCUGCUGGGCUAGGAUCACCUCAUAAGAAUUUUUCGUUUUAUUCGACAAAAGAUCCUAAGGGCAGAAUUUAAGCUUUCGAUUGUAGCAAGGAAUUUCGUCUUAAAAAUUGAGAUUCAGAUUAUAAAAGGCCAUGAAAAAAAUGUUUUCAAAACUAGUACUAAUCCUGUCCUUUUUAAAAACCUUUCUGUUGCUAGCUUGAUGAGAGUACCUUAAGCGUCAUUUUAUUUUAACGUGUAAUAUUUCUGAAUAUUAUAGUUUUUGUGAUGUAGAAUCAAAAUUCUAAAGAAAACAACUAUCUCCGCAAUUAACACAUGUAAAUUUUAAAUAAGUUUCCCGAAUUCGAUUUGUAGAAAUAUUCAAGGGUUGACAUUAAAAAGCUACUUCAUAUGUAUCGCUAAAAAACAUAUAAUCAAUUUGUCUACCUUUUGCAGGAAAAAGUGCCAAAACUCAAACCGAAUUCAUUUAAAAAUUGUAAAGUUCUGUAGAAAGAUCUUGUCUAUUGCACUUCUUGCCAAUUCGUGAUUAGUGUCAUCUUUAAUUUAAAAUGCUUUAAAUCUUUCAUAGUCUAGUGUAAAAAUCUAUGGAAUCAAGACGAAAAUUCUGCGAAUUUAACAUAGAUUGCGGAUUGCCCUUAGAUUACCAAUUUUUUUAUCAUACAAAUGAACUAACCUUAUCCAUUUUCACAACACGUGUACUUCCAAUGGUAGCCCAAUACUGAUAGUCGCCCCUAAGGCUUCCCAUGAGAUUAAGAGAAGUAUUCUUACAAUUUACCCAUAAGCAGCCUAUCUCAUGAUUUGCCCUUUUAGCUAUAGUUUAUCUGUAGGAUAUCCUUUUAAUUAUUAGCUGUAAGUACUCAAGCUAUUUAUUUCCCAGCCUAAUCUCAAUUAAAAUUAACUGAUAUUAUCAAAACUAUAAUAAAGAAAUUAUAAUUAUA